AUUGUUGAUGGAAAUUCGACAUUAUUUUCUUUCUGCAUAUGGAUCUUUGGUGCUGGGUCCGGGCUUCAUCCACUGCCGGCGACCAUGUCGGAGUUCUUGAUGGGCUCGGGCUUCGAUCGUUUGCUGGAGCAGCUUGCCCAGAUCGAAGUAACCGGAUUCGGGCGUCCCAAGAAUCCGCCUGCAUCGAAGGCAGCGAUAGAGUCUUUACCCACGAUCGAUCUUGGCGUGGAGGCUCGCGAGAUGCCGUGCAAGCACAUAUACCACUCAGAUUGUAUCCUUCACUGGGUUUCUCUAAGAAACACGUGCCCGGUUUGCCGGCACGAGUUGCCGAGUGAGCGUAACGAGGGUGAUAACUCGGAGGAGAAGACGGUGGGGUUAACCAUAUGGAGGCUACCGGGAGGUGGGUUUGCGCUGGGGAGGUUUUCUGGGGGAAGAAGAGCAGCCGUGAAGAGAGAACUACCGGUUGUGUACACGGAAAUGGAUGGUGGCUUCGGGGCAAGUGGGGCUCCGAGAAGGGUUUCGUGGGUUUCGAGACGGAGUAGAGGAAGAGAGAGUGGUGGAUUUCGCAGGGCUUUCCGCAAUUUCUUCUCCUUCCUGAGGUUUAGACCUAAUUCUUCAUCUUCGAACUCUGGGUCUGAAUCUCGGUCUAUGAGCAGAAGCCAUAGUCAUUCGGGUUCGGUGUUCAGUAGGUAUUUGAAAAAAAAGGAUAAUAAGAAAGAAGAGUUAGUAAUUAAGAUUGUAAAUAGAAGAGAGAGAAAAAAGUAAUAAAAAGAUUUUUAGAAAUAGGGAUAAAGAAAGGAAUGUAGGAAGUUUUUAAAAGAUAAAUAAAUUUUAAGGAAUAAUUUGAUAAAAUGAGUAUUUAAGUUAAAUUAUAAGGAUGGAGAUGAAGAACCGAAUGAGAUGCUCUUAUAAUGCUUUGCGUCAGUUAAUUCCAUUGCAGUCAAUAACUUACCUUUUGCUGCGAACUUAGGUCGCAGCAAAGGAAAACGCAGGAAAGAUCUAUGUUCACUGCGGUGCUUAAUGGAACCGCAAUGCUUAGAUGUAUUUGCUAUGGCACGGGCUCGCCACAAUAUUGAUCAUCACCCCUUCGAGCGAUUGAGUCCAUUAAAACCGCAGUAACUAUAUGAUUUCUGCGAUUGUUUUUACGGCAAGUGCAAACUGUCGUUACAUAUUCAGGAAACAGCUUCGGCCGGGGUGGAAUGCGGGGACACUUUGUAGCAGCGACUUAAACCCCCCGCAAUAUAUCAAUGGAGUGUCGUGAUUUUGGAUUACAACUUGUAGGGUCGAGUGACGGACGCCGUUUUAACUCUUGGUAUAUAAUGGAUUUGAUUUUGAUACCUGCGUUUUGAAGUUCUUUUGCUCUGUGCCUCACUGCUCUGUUCCCCGAUCUCUCCCUUCCUUGAGCAUAUGGUUGUCGCCGCUGCUGUCACCGCAAUCUUGCAUGCCCUGCCGUCGCGUCGUUGCCGGUUAAUCAACAAAUCAUGGCCGCAUUUCUCUAGAUCCAUAAUUCUCACCAAGGCCCUCUCUCUCUCUCUCUCUCUCUCUCUCUCUCUCUCUCUCUCUCUCUCUCGGGUUGCCCUAGCCUCUCCCUGCGAGAGCUCCCUCAAUAGAUUUUUUCCUCCGUCUUGCCGUGCCAACCCAGCAUUUCACCGCGCCGACCACCUCCUACAGCUAACUUUGUCUUGGAUUAGACAAAGAAAAAUCAUCGUCGGACAGUCACAAGUCAGCUAUCUCGUGCAUAUAACGCGUUUCAUUACAAGCUACAUCUUAAAUACAAGAGUUAUGGAUCUCAUCAGGAGGCCCUAGCUAAUGGAGGUGGGUUAGUAGAGAAGCCAGUUUGGGAGUGGUUGUACAAUCGGUGGACAAGUGAUGAUUUCAAGAAAAUGUCCAGCCAAAACAAAGAAAAUAGGCGUAAACAAAAAGAUCAACCACACAAGCAGAAGGAAUUGGUUUGUUGUACUAAUGGAAAUAAAGAAUUAGAUGGUUCAAUUGAUGAAUUCCAAAGAGCCAAAGGCUUGCACUGAUGAAGCAGGAGCAAGGAUAUUUAGAGAGGUAUUGGGGCAUAGGUCAGGGUAUUCCAGAGGGAUGGGCCACUCUGUUAUGCCUGAGUCUACUAAAGUGUCUGGAGUAUCUUGUGAGGAGUAUGAACGGCUUGUAGAAGAAAAUGAAGCAAAUAGGAAAAAUGCAGCAUAUUACCAAGGAUGGCUUGAGGAUAUUGAAGGUGCUUUUGCUGCUAUGAGGGAGCAUAUGCGGGAUUAUGAGGAACAUGUAAGCAUGCGAAUGUCAGAAGUGGAGACCAAUCAAUUAGAGUCUCAAAGAGAAACUGAAACUGCAAUUCCUUAGGAAUUUUUGUGCGUGCCAACAGUUUUAUUACAUUUUUUUAUACUUAAUUAUGACCUACACCUUAGUAGUACUUUUGAUGAAGGUGUGUUGGGGCAGCUGAUUUACUAGUAAGAAUUUUGAAAUGGAUCUAGUACAUUUUGAAAAUGCAUAGAAAGGGUCAAGGAUCAUGGGAGGUAAAUUGGUUUCUGGACUGAUGUAUUGACUGCAUGCUAUAUUUUGAUGCUUUUGGGCAAAGUUCAUCUA